CAGUCCCCACGGACCCAUCCAGCUCUCGUCUCGAAAUCAAAAGCACACCCAAGAGAGAGUAGUGGUAGUUCCAGAGCGGUCUGCUUGCGAAGUUGCGAUGCCUGCCAUGGCCAAGCCCGCCUCCCGCGCUGCCAAGCCCGCGUCGGCGCCGAAGAAGCAGAAGGCAAAGCCCUCCGCCGCCGCCGGUGGCUCCUCCCACCCGCCUUAUUUCGAGAUGAUCAAGGAGGCGAUCACGGUGCUUAAGGAGAGGACCGGCUCGAGCGCGCACGCCAUCGCCAAGUACAUGGAGGAGAAGCACGGGGCGUCGCUGCCGGCCAACUACAAGAAGAUGCUCUCCAUCCAGCUGCGCGGGUUCGCUUCCAAGGGCAAGCUCGUCAAGGUUAAGGCCUCCUACAAGCUCUCCGACGCCGCCAAGGACUCGCCCAAGGCCAAGCCUGCCGCCCCCGCCCCCAAGGCAGCAGCGCCGAAGCCAGCGAAGGACGCCGCCAAACCCAAGAAGGACGCCGCCGCUGCCAAACCCAAGAAGGCCCCCGCCGCUGGCACCAAGCGCAAGGCGCCGGAGAAGAAGGUGGUCGCCAAGCCCAAGAAGUCUCCGGCGGCGAAGGCGAAGGCCAAGCCCAAGACCGUCCGGUCGCCGGCCGCGAAGAAGACCCGCAAGGCACCUGCAGCUUGAGUUGGGAGUUUGGUUGAUAGCUAUGUAGGUCCCCUCUUGGUUGAAAUGGUUGGUGUUUAGGAUCUGUACAAAGGCUGCCUCGGCUAUGUCUCCCUAUUUAGAUAGUUCUCUUGAGUAGGCGAAGUUCUAUGUAUCCCUUGAUGGUGUAGUAUAAGAAAUGGUUAGGUCUCUGGAGAUGUGAGGCGCUUCCAUCUAACUCAUGAAAUGAACUUUGCCGUUUUCUUUGUUGUU